AUGAAGAUGACCUGUGAAGGCGAUGCCUAUGUCUUAUGGAGAUGCAGACGACGCGGAUUUCGGAUGGAGUGGAGCCACAGAGGAUUUCGACAACUGAUGAAGGAGCUGAAGAUUGGUAUUCCUUGUGAUGGUACCAGAACUCUAGCAUUGGCAGUAUAUUUGAAAAAUGAAUUUGAGAUUGAUUACAGUGUUGUAAUCAACGGUGUAACGGCAAAUGAGGUCUAUGCUUUUAUGACAACAGCUAACAACAUGGAAACCAUUCACAACUACACGUUAAGAACAAUCCCAAAGGAUCACAGGCGACAUCAGGAUGGAUCUGAGAGUGUAACAUGGACAACUUACACACAUUACCCUGGCUUUCCAUUCCCAACCUUCUUCGAUGACUAUCUCACGUUGUUCCCAGCCAAAACUACUAUAAAACACAACAUUUCAAGCUUGAUGGGAAUGUUACAAGGGGAGUUAUUCUACUACUGUAGUGAUACAAGUGAUGGGACAGGUGUGGUAUUUAGGGAACGUAGUCGAUUUCGUGUAUCUAAACUGUUCCCCUAUUCUUCUGAGAGAAUCACAGCCGGACACGUGGAUGCUUUACAGAGAAUUAAAGGCGUUAUGGAAGAAAAAGCCUGAGAAAAAGAAAUUUCAAAUGAAUGAUUAAAACAAUCGUUAUAACCAUAAAGCCUAGCCAACAACGCUCUUGUUUGGAUAGACAAUUCUUAAAUAAAGUUUUGAUGCUGUAACUAGCUUGUAUUUCCAAACCCCCAAAUGUUGCUGCCAUGGGCUAUCAUGAAAGUUUAAAUAGCCUAUGGUAAAGCCAGCCACGUGUUAAAUUCUAUGAUCUGAAAGUAAGGCUAGAUUUGCACUUUUUGGAGGGUAAAUGGAGUUUUCUUUAAAAGUUGCGGUUGUCAGACUUUUGAAAUGUUGAAAUGCAUUCAGACCGAUGGAUUCGUUGAAUUUUGGUUAUGGGUUUUGGAUGACGUAGACUUCGGACCAGUUUGAGGCGUUACAAAUACGGCAAUUCACAAAGAAUUUGGAUAGAGUAACACAGUAUACAGGAAGAACCCCAGCUGUCGAGAGUGCCCUUCAUUACACCGUACAGUGAAACUGCAUUGUACAAAUACUGAACUUAAGAUUGGUUCACACUUUGAAAUAAUGAUUUCUGUAUCAUACUGGGCAGGCUAUGAAUAAACAGGCGGUAUGAAAACGCAACAAACAGUUAUCUUGUAAAACCAAAAAAA